AUGUCAGCCACGCCGGCGCAACUACCAACGUACAACUCGUUUGCGUCGCGCAAGAGGUCUUCGCCGGCCGUCAAACCACUGCCCGAGGACGUGGCGUGGCUCAAGGACAUCACGCUCGAGAUGACAACGACCAAUUCAAUCCGCGCUGCUGUGAAGUAUAACUUGCGUGUAGACUACCACCCGGCGGGUUUCACUGCCACACACUGGGACGUCAAGCGCACAUUCGACCAGUACAAGGCGUUCCAGAAGCGUCUGCUGCGCCAGCUCCAGCCCAAGCACAGCUGCAAGGCAGAAUGUCGCUGGCUCUACAACACUGUCAAGAAACACUAUCCUAAGCCGACGCUACUAGGCUCACACUACCCGCCGAUCGUCGAUCAGCGUCGAAAAGCGUUGCUGCAACUGCUAACGACCGUACAAGCAUCUGUGGUGAACCAUGGCAAUCGCAACUGCAAAGUUAUGAUGGAAGCCGUGAGUCAAGAGCUCGCUGUCUUUCUCGUGGGCGACGAUACUCAGUGCGCCGACGACGUGACGCCGCCGAUGACGCCUACUACAGCUUCGGAGCUGGAGACGCCCGCCAACUUGUUACCGUCUUUCACACCUACCGUCUCAUCGGACGAAGGCGAGGAUGAGGACGAGGACACCGUCAACUACGACGAUGAUUUGUUCACAGGCUGGAGCUUGCCGAUGGAACAUCUCACCCUCGACCGUACUAUGAGCUCACCCGUGUAAGCCACGUAUCUACUGUAGUAUUUACCUAAAACUAUUAAAGCAAGUAACU